UGAUCCGUCGUCUUCCGUCCUGCCUUGGCCUCCAAUAAUCGCUCACAUGUCCACAAUGCAAGGCACAGGAGACACUGAGUAUUGUAACGAAUGUUGGCUAAGUUCCAGUGGACGCAUAUGAUUGUCUGUAUCUGCUGCGUCGCUGACUCGGAUGGGCUUGUCGCAAGAUUGCAUUCUGAAGUCGUCCGCAUCGUCGGGGGUUCGUUCUUGUUGUCCACGCUCACCACGACUUCCAACAGCCCUAAGACAGUGGAAUGUUAUCAUCCAGUGCGUCGCAAACACCGUAUGCUAUGAUCCCAGUCACCUGGUUUCAUGCUACGUAGUUCGAAAAGCAGCCGCAGUCAAAGUGCACACCAUCGCCGCGUGCGAAGUUGCAUCCACUAGGCACUCCUUGUACUCGAAUGCUGUGUAUCAUGCGGAUGUUUUCCUUUCUUGUUCGUAUCAUCAAUCGCACGGUAGUCAGUGUGCGACCCGGAUUGUCAGCCAACCUGGUGACCCUCUGUGCCAGUGUUACUGGCUUCUUUUGCUACAUAUAUCAGUCGUGAGCCAGAUAAGGUGGCCCAGACGCGUAUACUUCCAUAUCAUGGACGUGCAUUCCCAAAAUCUCCUGGCCCAGCCGACAAGUCCCACCAAUAGCUCAUUGGCUGGUCCCGAUCAUGAUCGCGAUGUCGGGUGCAUAGGGGUUGUAUCGAACUCGCCAUUCGCCUCCCUUUGACAACUGACAGGCUGAGAGUCAACCGCAGAAUUACUACUUAUGCCACCGAGCGCCUCACCAGCCGGGUCGAAUUGUUCUCGGCGAAUACUUCUGACAUAUCUUGGCAAUAUCUUGAUGCAAUGGAUGCAAACAUCCCUGAUCACAGUCUUAAUAUCCACACUGUCUCCGCGCAAAUCGUACUCGUCCAUUACAGAUGCGUGUGCGAUGUUAUAUCAAC